AUGCUGGACUACAUGGAAUCAGUCUCCCGAGCAUUCGAACAGAGCACCGGCUGGAGCCGUGAUAACAGCUAUGCCAACAUAACAGCGACUUCCAAGGCCCUGCUGGACUUUAAGAUCCCAACAGCGUUCGAGUUUCAAGUAUCCAAUGCUACUACCCCCUACACGUUCAAUACCACGAGAGUCUCUACGAGGAAUAUCUUCAAUGGCUCGUUGACUUAUCUAUACAGUGAUGCCGAUAAUUUAAAGGAUAUGGUUCGAGGCUCUGGAGCUGUCAGUUUGCAACAAGUGACGGAAACAUACAGAUAUUUCCAGCCAUUUUACAACCACAAGUCGGCGCCGUCAAAUGGUGAUAGACUCGUACGGAAAUCUCUCUACUAUGGGAGGAUGUACUAUCCAACCUCCAAUUUGGAGGCAAUGAUGAUAAAAAGGCUCACACCGUAUACACAGGUGAAACUGAAGUGUCUGAGUACCUUCAAUGAGUUUAACAUACUGACUUGUCACUGGCAGCGCGAUACAGGUAGAAACUGCCAGGAAUUGAUAUUCUCUACCAAUGACUUGCUGUGUGGCUAUAGAUUUUUACACAAUUUCCUUGGGACUCCCUCCAAAAUGAAGACGUCAUUGUACAACAAUUCUUCUCUAUCUCUGGGCACUGAACUGUGGUUGGGGCUUAUUACAUUGAGUCCCGGUUGUUCGACGACUUUGCGAUACUGUACACACGCACCGAACACUGGAAGACCACUGACUUUGACUUUGUCGUGGAACCCAUUCUUCGGCAACCUCUCUUCGUCGUAUUCGGCUAAGACGAGUACAAGCACAACGUUUUGUGCCAAGUACGAUUUCAAUCUGUAUUCGAUAGAUUCCAACUUAUCAUUUGGUGUUGAGGUUUGGAGGCGUGGUAGUACGAAUCAACAGCAUGAACCGCCCACCUCACAAUCGAUCAACAAAACCGAUAAUUUAAUGUACCACCAUCUGCUACCGACGCUGUCCCAAAGUUCAUCGCACGGGCAUGGACAGACAAAGAUGGAGCAUGAGCAGCAAUUGCUGCAAGAUUUAACCACCGCAUUCUCUACUUCCUUGAAGAGGAUAGACAGGGAAAAAUUCGAGAUAGAGAAUUUUCAGAAUGACUAUAGCUGUGCCAACUUCACCAGCGUUUGGAAGCUUUCGACUUCUCUGCGUGAUAAAAACCUGAAAGUUCUUUGGGAAGGCAAGUUUAAGGGUUUUCUGGUAUCGGCGGGUGGUGAGUUCUUCAAAUCAAGCCCAUUAUUAGAUAAUCGGUCCAGAACUCCUCUAUAUCCGGCCAGAUUUGGCGUUCAAUUACAGUACUCUACGUAA